AUGCCGAGGAGGAGGAAGGGUAAUCCUAAACAAUACUUCCAAUUGCGAAGUAUCAGCAAAUACUACAUCGAUUCAUAUAAUGCGUUAUACCAGCUCAAAACGGAAAAGGAAGAAGAAUUAAACACAAUUUACAAAAAUGUCAUAACAGAAUUGAUUGAUUCAAAGAAACAUUCACCCAAAAAUAUUAUGGAGGAUAUUUUAAAUAUCAUUCCGUAUAAUAAUCGCUAUGCAAAGUCAUAUUUAUAUCUUGCCAAACUCAUAUCUGAUAAUUAUCAUGUCGAAAAGGCCGACAGUCUCGAGAAGAUUUCCAACUUCCUGUUUUAUAAAGAAUAUGGAAUUAUAUUAGACAAAUUUUUUGGUUUCAGUGAUAUCAAAACAGAUAAUCUUGAUAUUCAUACACAAAAUACGAUCUACAGCGCAAUUAUGUAUAAUGACAAAGAAAGAUUCAUCAUAUUUACUGGAACAGAUGAAUUUGAUAAAGAUCAAAAACUCAAAAGUUAUUUAUAUCCAGAUUCUAAAAAAGGAUAUUCAUUACUUGAAUUAUGUUGUUAUCAUGGAGCUGUUGAUUGUUUCAAGUUAUUAAGAACGAAAUUUAACUCAGAAAUAACCAAAAAAUGUCUAAAAUUUUCAUUUUUAGGAGGAAAUCCAGAGAUCAUGAGCGAAUGUUUGAAAUAUCAAAAACCAAUUUAUAAGUGCAUGGAAUAUGCAAUUAUUUCACACAACAUUGAUUUUGUUACAUUCUUGAUGAAUGAAUACAAAUUAAAGAUCGAUUUAAAACACUGUGGAAUUUACAAAAAUCUUGAUACAUUUUUGGUUUAUUUUGAUAAAACUAAUCAUAUUAAUGAAUGCUUUAUUGAAUCGGCGAAUUUUUCUAUUCCAUCUCUUUGUGAAUAUUUCCUAUCACAUGGUGCAUCUGUCAAUGCAAAAGAUAGUGAUAAAGAAACCGCUCUUCAUUUUGCAUCAAUUUAUAAUUGUAAAGAAACAGUCGAAGUUCUUCUUUCACAUGGUGCAAAUAUAGAUGAAAAAGAUGAAUUUUCUGAAACAUAUUGCUUAAUAUUCUAUUUGAUUUGA